UAUUUUUAUUCAGUUCAACCUUGAACUUCACGAAGAUCUGAGAAUGUCCAUGUGGCUUACACAGUUUUUACCUAUUUUCUCAUAUGUUUACUCAUCAGAUUUUCAUAUACGAAGGUUUAUGUGUAUAGGAAAUUAUAGACAUUAUAAAAGUUUAAAUAAUUUUAAAAGAUAAUGCCGAAAGGACGGAAAAAAGGUGGGCGAAAGUCUGCAGAGUCACGAGCGCCCAGUGAUGAAGAAUACGAUACAGCAGACAAUUGGAGUACAGCUAGUGUCCUUUCUGAUGACCUAUCUGGCAGUAUUCCAGAGGAUGAUCGUGAGAACGAUGAUGUUGAUGAAUCAAAUGCACAGGAAAACUUUGAAGAUAAAUUAAAAGAUGCAAUAGAUGGCCUCACACAAAAGAGUGCUCAGGGACGAAAAAAUUGCCUGGAUGCAAUUAAUAAGGCAUUUUCCAAGAAAUAUCUCUUUGACUUUUUACAAGAUAGGAAAAUAACUGUCUCUGAUGCUGUGAUACGUUGUUUAAAGAAGGGGAAAGGUGAUGAGCAGGCACUAGCCGCUAAAUGUAUAACAAUGUUGUGUAUACAACUAGGACAGGACGCUGAUGAGAUCAUGACAGAUGUCCGGCCCGUCCUAGUAGCACUACUGUCUGAUAACUCUGCCAAUGUGAAGGCAAGAGGACAGUGUGCUAUUGCAGUUGCUAUGUGCACAUUCAUUACUUGUGUGGAGAUAGAGGAUGUUAUAAGUGUGAUGGAAUCAUUAGAGAAUAUAUUCAAACAGUCUUUCAAGAAAGGAGAUAAAUCUAUACCAAAUCACAAUCCUGAUACAUGCCAUCUACAUGCUAGCGCCCUUACAGCCUGGGGUCUUCUAUUGUCUAUAGCACCACAGUGGAUCAUAGAUAAACUAGUUCUCAAAUAUUUGACAAAACUGCCAGAUAUAUUAGAAAGUCAGGAUGUUGAACUUCGUAUAGUUUCCGGGGAAACCAUUGCCCUCUUCUAUGAACUGGGUCGUGAAGAAGAUGAGGAGUUUGAAAGUGAUGCAAUGGUAAACCUAUGUGAAACUUUACGGAGACUUUCCACAGAGUCUCAUAAAUACUGGGCAAAACGGGACAGAAGACAACAGAAAUCUAGCUUUAGAGAUAUCCUCAGAGCUGUUCAGGAGGGUGAAGCUCCGGAGAUGAAUGUAAAAUUUGCCUCAGAAUCUCUAGAAAUAUUUUCAUGGGUGAAAAAAAUGCAAUAUUCUGCUUUCUGCCAUGCUCUUACCUCGGGUAUGAAUCAACAUCUUCAGUGGAACCCUCUAGUGAGAGAAGUGUUUGGUCUCGGAAGUCCAUUGUUACCAACCAGUGUUGCCAGUAAUAAACCAACCAAAUGGGAAAGGGCACAGUUCAAUGCUGCUGCAUUUAAGGCACGGACAAAAGCUCGUGCAAAAUAUCGUGACAAGCGUUCAGUGACGAUGAAUGGAUCAGAGUGAAAUUAGUCACCUUUUUUUCCGUCUGCUGUUAAAAAAAGUUGUUGUGUGAACUUAACUAACAGUUAUAUUUAUUAUUUAUUUUUUAUUGGAGUGUGGAUGGAUUUGAUACAUUUGCAUGCUGACUGAAGAUUGUGUGCCCUAAAACUGAUAUUGUAUCAAAUACAAGAGUGAAAUAGACACAGUAGUAAUUGUUACAUAUGUUAAUGUUUUGCCUCAUUGCCUGUGCUGUAGAGUCUACUGAUCACUGAAGACAAUAUGUUAGUUCAAUCCCUAUAUCCUAUUAAGAGUAAAGCUAGAGCUACAUUAAUUUUAAGCAUGUAUUGCCUGAUUUAAUCAAAUGGACUUGGCCAGUUUUGAAUUUGGAAGAGUCCAUGAAUAGUUGAAGGAUUUCAAUAUCAAAAUUCUAAAAUGGUUUUGCCAACAGACCUUACUGCCAAUAUACAGUCUACUUUGACUAUGUGCUCCAAGUUUUUAUGACCUUUCAAUAUAUCAACUACCUGCUAUAUAUGUUCUAGAGAUAUCUGAACAUUGCCAGUAUUGACACCCAUUGAUUCUUCCUUGUAGUAAAUCAACCUAUGUUUCAUUUUCAUGUACUUUGAUAAAGAUUUUCUUUACAACAUUUAAAUAUUUUUUCACUCGUGUCAACUUAAAUUUAUCAACUGACAGAUUGUCUUGAGCGGUCGGUUAAUUAAUGUAUAGUUGAUAACCAUGACGGUUUCUCAUUGUUUAAAGAGGUGGAAGCCAUUUUUGAUGUUUUACCAAUAUUAUAGUCAUUUGUUUACUUGUUCUUAUUCAGGUAUGGAAAUUUAUAUACACCAAGCAUUUUUACAUGAUGAUUUUUCAUAUAUUUUUCCUUCAGAAUUUUGUGAAAUCAUUUAUUUUCCCCCAAGUCUCAAAAUCCAGAUGUCAGUUUUGACUAUACUGGUAUGCAUUACACAUAGUAAUUGAAUAAUUCUUUAGUGUUAAUAAUUUUCAUGUUUAGAUAUUUCGUCGGCGUAUAAAACACAUGGUCAUACAAUAGUAUAAUGUUAAUAAAAACAACUUUUGUUAAUGGUGUAUAUGUGAAAGUAAGAGUUGAAAAUGUGUACUCUACAAAGACGUCAUCAUAUUUAUUUUUAAUUUGAUUAUAUGUUAUGUACUUUAAUAUCUAGAUUGAAAAAUAAUGAUAAUUUAUUGCCACAAAUCAAAAGGUUUAGGAAUAAAAGAUUGAAAAACUUAAUAAAUUUUGCCCCAAUUAAAGAAAUAAAUACUGAAGUGUGUACAUGUAUAAAUAUGUAAGGUGUCUUUGAUGUAUUUUAAUGACCAGCUGAUGCAAUUUUAAUACCUUUAUGCAUUAAUUAUAUAUUUCAAUGGGUUUUAGAUUUUAAGCCAAAAACAUAUAUUUUUUGUUUAUAUGUAUAGGUGUGAAUUAAGUGAUUUGAACAAAAUAUUUACAGUGUUAUUACAUACAUGUCUUAAUUAUAAAAUGUAUAUCAAUAAAAUGUCUUAAAAUUUGGAUAAUCGAUUUAAAAAAACUGCAAAAUUUGGAUUAUUCCCAAAAACAUAGAGUAAAAUGUGGAUAAUGACUAAAAAAAUGUGUGAAAGUUGGAUAAAUAAUGAAAAAUGCCUCAAAUUUGGAUAUUUGAUAAAAGUGUAAAAUUUAGGUUCUUGUUUUAAAAGUCUUAGAUUUGAAUAAUUGAUAAAAUUUGAAUGCUUAGUAUAUAAAUCUUAUUUGUUGUAUCAAUUUGUUUUGCAUGUUAACUUGAAGCGCCUGAAUAUCUUUUUAAAUGGAAACUAGGGUAUUAUACUUUUCCUAUCACCACAAAGCCUUUAUGACUCAUUUCAUAUUUCAAAAGGUUCAGUGCAAAAAGGUCAUAUCAGAUACAGUUUAGUACCAAAACCUGAAUUUUCCACGUUAUAUUUAUUUGAGCCGCGUCACGACAAAACCAACAUAGUGCGUUUGCGACCAGCAUAGAUCCAGACCAGCCUGCGCAUCCGCGCAGUCUGAUCAGGAUCCAUGCUGAUGCGGCUCAUUUGUUGUAUAAGAGAUGGUAGUUUGUUUGAAUGGCUAAGUAAAUAGUAUGGAAAUUGCCAGACAGCAAGAUCUCAGUUCUGUGAUGAUUUUUGUGAAAGAAUUAUCCUUAUUUGACUGAUAAAAUAUCUCUGUGAUGAAAGUUCAUUCCUGUCUAAUACCAUAUUUGAUUAUAUGAAGCUAUUUAUUAAAGCAGCAUGUCUCCAAAUUCAUGCUAA